CUCUCUCUCUCUCUCUCUCUCUCUCUCUCUCUCUUUCCGUCUAUCCCUGCGAAACGAGCAGUUGCACAUCGACAACAGCGUCGUGUCGCGCGGCCGUUCGCUCGAGGUCUCAGCGGCGAGCCUCGAGGUGAUUGAAGUGCACGAGGAGUUCGAUCGAGCAGUAGCUACGUCGUCGUCGUCGUCGUCGUCGUCAUCGUCGCUGUCGCCGCUGCCGCCGCCGCCGCCGCCGCUGCCGUUGCCGCUGUCGUCGUGUCGUCAUCGUCGUCGUCGUGGUCGCGCGCGCGCCUCGUCUCUCUCGCGCUCUCAGCCGCGCGCGCGCGCGCUCGCUCACUCGCUCGCUGCCUCGCGCGAAGCGGAUCCUCGUCCUCGGAAUCGGCGUAGACGAGAGCGACUCGCGCGAUCGAGCAGUCGCGCGCGCGAGGACGUGUCGUAAUGCCGCGGGCCGACCGACGCGGCUCGCCGAGAGGACUCGCGGGUGCGGAGGGUGCUUCGAUCUCGUCCUGACGAUACCAGCCCGUACACGCGUCGUCCUCGAUGGACGCCAGUGGUGGUGCGUAUCCGCGUUAGGGGAAUGCUGCUGAUGAGUGAGUGAGCCUCCGACAAGAUCUCUCAUCGGCCGCGCUCGACGGUCCGGCGCUCGCGAGCGCGGAUGGAUCGAGGAUUCGACUCUGGACAGAUUGCGCUCGGCUCGCUGCCUCCGUUCGCGGCUUUCUUCGCGAGUCGCGCGUCGGAUCGCUCUACGCCGCGGAAGAAGGCGACUCGUGACUCUCCGUCGCCUCCCCUCGCGAGAACGCGAGUGUGUGCACCGUGCGACGGCGUGUAACACGUGUGACAGUUGCCACCCGUGGGAUACGUAACGGUGGAUUAUACGUUCUUCGGCUGCGGCAGGAGCCUUGCUGCCGUUUUGUGCGGGAUUACACACACACAUACACACACACACACACACACAUACACACACAUACACACGCACAUUGCACACGUACACGCGCACACGCGACACGCAUACACACGCGUACAUAUACAUACGCGCGAGCGCGUCAGUGCUUUGUCGUCGUCGUCGUCGUCAUUAUCGUCGUCGCCGUCGCCGUCGCCGUCGUUUCUCUUCCGUCGCCUCUCGGUGCGUGCUCCGACGAAUUCGUCUCGCCGAAGGAUAUGUCGACAUAGUGUUUGCGCGUCCCACACGGAUCGGAGCUACGCGAUGGCCGGAUACUCCUCCAGUGCGCCCGGUACGGAUUUUUCGCCGGAAGCUACGCCAAGGAUGCGGCGAUCCACGAUCGAUGCCACCGUCCGGAGCGCCGGGCGGUCCUCCGGAGGACGCGCGAUAACGAGGCCGCCUGCGAGCUUCCGACUGGCGCCCGUUGCGAAGAAGCCGUUCUGCAAGACGAACAGGAACGCGAGUCGAAAAAUCGAACAAAGGACGGCGGUGCCGCUCAUAAUUUGCCUGUCUCUGCUGAUGGCGACGGGGGCGAAGACAGUGACCGUCACGAACAUGACGAACGUAUCGUUCAUAACGUCGACGGCGAAGCCGUUUACAACGACGGAAGUAGUUUAUCAGCGAUUCGCCAUCGAGCCGAUGGAUCAAACCGCGGUGAUUGGCAGCCGAGUGACGCUUCCGUGCCGAGUCCUCGAUCAGAAGGGACCCAUUCAAUGGACUAAGGACGAUUUCGGCUUGGGAGCGGUCAGGAAUCUCACCGGAUACGAGCGAUACGCCAUGAUCGGCAGCGACGAAGAAGGCGAUUUCUCGCUGCACAUAUAUCCGGUGGAGCUCGAGGACGACGGCACGUACCAGUGCCAGGCUUCGCCGACGAACGACGGCCAGCCGUCGUUGCGAUCAAGAUUCGCCCGGCUGAGCGUCCUGGUGCCGCCGCACAAGCCCAAGAUCCUGCAGGGCGACUUUCUCAUCACCACCGAGGAUCGCGAGCUGGUGAUCGAGUGCAUAAGUGUCGGCGGAAAACCACCCGCGGAGAUCACGUGGAUCGAUGGACUGGGCAACGUGCUUCAGCGUGGCAUCAAAACCACGAAGGAGAUAUACGAGAGUGGCCCGCUCUACACGGUGAAGUCCGUCCUCAGGGUAAUGCCACGGAAGGAACACGACAACACGACCUUCACGUGCCAAAGCCAGAACGCGGCGGAUCGCACGCCGGAGAACGCCAAACUUCGCGUCGAGGUACGCUACGCGCCGAAGGUGUCCCUCUCGAAGAUCGAUCGCAUCGUCGAAGGCUCCGAGCUUAGGUUCCGAUGUUGCGCCGAGGCCAAUCCAGCCAAUGUGGAGUACAGUUGGUACAUCAACAAGAAAAAGGUGAUCGGCGACUACACCACGGAGAUGAUUAUCCACAACGCGACCCGCGAGCUGCACGACGCAACCGUCAAGUGCGAAGUUCACAACGACGUCGGUAAAAGCGAGGAGAGCCAGACCUUGGACAUAAGAUACGGCCCGCAGUUUCGGCACCCGCCGGUCUCCGUGGAAACGCAUUACGGCGCCACGGAAAUCUUGCAGUGCGACGUCGACGGGAAUCCGACCCCGGAGAUCCUAUGGUUCCACGAGGACUCGGAGCGAACGGUUGCCACCAGCCCGAAUAUAAGCGUCUUUGUGAGCCCGGACACCGCCGGACGUUACUACUGCAAGGCCCGCGUGCCCGGUUUUCCCGAAUUGACCGGCUACGCUAACAUCUAUAUUCGCGCCCCGCCGAGCAUAGUGUCGCAAAGGAUUCAGUACGUGCCCGACGAAGGAGUGGUCAAGGUUAAGUGCACCGCGAUAUCUGUGCCAAAAGCGGAGUCGGUGGUGUGGAGCUUCGCCGGUCGCGAGCUCAAUUUCACGUCGAACAAUACGCCGUUCUACGUGCAAGAGGAAUACACGGCCGAGAGGGUAGUCAGCACUGUCACCCUCCUGGAUCCCAUAUCGACGUACUUCGGAGAUUACAACUGCACGGUCACGAACAGCUUCGGCACGGAUUCCGUCAUAAUCAAGCUGACAGCACACACGUUGAUUCCAGUCGAUUGGCAGCUGAUUUUGAUCAUCGUUGGACUGGUUGUCUGCGUGGUCCUAAUUGGCGUAAUAGUCAUACUCAUUCUGCAAUGUCGCGAUCGCAUUAAGCAGCCACGGCCGCGGACGGCGCAGGCUCAGGAGACCGAUAUGCAGGAAACCGACUCCAACGCUGAUCGAUAUAGAGAAAGCGAUAGGAGCAGCAACCUCUCGGAUGUCAAAGCGGACAUUCGAGCGGGAUCCAGUGUCAGCAAUGCAGAAAGUGUCACAGCCCUUGACAGUGAAGGUGAAGGAAGUACCAGAGGAGUGAACGCCUUGGCUCUCGCAGGACCGGUGCCGAAUCCGCUGGGUUAUCGUUACAGCGCCGACUACACCGAGCCUUCGUUCCCGCCGAAAAAUAACGAUGGUAGUAACAACAAUGGUUACGUGCCAUACGUUGACUAUACACGCGAUUAUAUGCCACCAACGACACAGGGCAUAGGCGCCUCGCGGGAGUCCUUGAGCAGGAUACCGUCGGGCGGUAUAUUGGCGUCGAAAAAAAUCGGCCUCAGCUCGGCCAAUCUGGGCACUUCGACCCCGCAAACAACGCCGGUGAUCGAUCCGCGAUUUUCCGCAACGUACGGCAAUCCCUACCUCAGAAUGUCAGCGGCCGAACAGCUCCGACACGCGCCGCACACAGCCGUGCCGGGAGUCACGCCAGCACCGCCGCCCUACACGCAGGCAAUGAGAAUGAAUAGCUUGAAUACCUUGAACGGCGCGGGCCCGCAGGCACCCCUGUCGGCGCACUACAUCACCGGCGGGCCGAACGGCGCCAUGGCGACGGUGAAGCGCACGUCGGCGGUGGGCACGUUAGCGACGCACGUAUGAGGCCAGGGGAUCUAUCCGAAUUAGAGCCGUCGAUACUCGGGCCUAACUGAAAGCACCUUCGAGCUUGGCCAUGCCCUCGAGACGCC